UGCGGUGAAGCCACCCGGUUUGUAUUUUGUACAGUUACUUUAGAUGUGGAAGUAUUCAGUAUUUCUAAGUUAGUCCUUAAAGUAUCACUGCUCCUGACAAAGAGAGAAACUGGCCCCAGUGACCCUCCGCUGAGCAGCCUCGCGGUCCCACCCAUUCCUGAUGAGCUGGUGUGCGUUCUCCUGCCAGGCUCACCUGAUGCAAAACAACCUCCCCCAUGUUCUUCCUUUUAGAUUAUUUCUCAAGAUGAAGCAGACAGAAGAGGGAAAGUAUACGAUAAAUACAUGUGCAGCUUUCUCUUCAACUUGAACAAUGAUUUUGUGGUGGAUGCAACCCGCAAGGGUAACAAAAUUCGUUUUGCAAAUCACUCAGUAAAUCCAAACUGCUAUGCGAAAGGUAGGUGUCCCCGGAGGUGGAGCUGCGGCGGGUUGACUGAGCGGUUCCGGGUUGCUAUGGGAACGGUCAGCAACCCUCCUGGGCCGACUUCACUGACCCCGGCGUCUCUCUCUGCAGUGAUGAUGGUUAACGGCGAUCACAGGAUAGGGAUUUUUGCUAAGAGAGCCAUCCAGACGGGUGAAGAGCUGUUUUUUGAUUACAGAUACAGCCAGGCUGACGCCCUCAAGUACGUGGGCAUCGAAAGAGAAAUGGAAAUCCCUUGACGUCUGCUACCUCCCCCCUCCUCCUCUUGGAACAGCUGCCUUAGCUUCAGGAACCUCGAGUACUGUGGGCGAUUUAGAAAAAGAAAAUGCAGUUUGAAAUUCUGAAUUUGCUAAGUACUGUAAGAAUAAUUUAUAGUAAUGAGUUUAAAAAAUCAACUUUUUAUUGCCUUCUCACCAGCUGCAAAGUGUUUUGUACCAGUGAAUUUUUGCAAUAAUGCAGUGUGGUACAUUUUUCAACUUUGAAUAAAGAAUACUUGAACUUCUGCUGGUCGUUGUCAUCUGUCAGUCACACCGCUUCCCCAGCUGAUUUUAGAAAAAGACUGAGUCUAACGGGAAAAACAUUUAACUCCUUUGGUUUUCCAGUA